AUGGGGCAGCGGGGAGCUACGACGUCCUGUCGAACUUUUCAUGCCAUCUCACAGAAAGCUGCAGUUGCCCAUCCUAUCACUGCCCAUGGACCGCCCCCGAAACCCCCCUCGCCAGCUCCAGAAUUCGGUCGUCCGACAGAAGAAGGAAAAGACGCAAAUGAUGCAGGCAAACCACAAUCGCAGGUGUCAAAACCAUCGUCGACUCUCGAGAAGCGAUUUUGGAAAAAUGUCGAUGUCAGGAAAAGGCCAGGUACCUCACCCUUUCUUUUGUGCGGAUUGUUAACUUCCGCUCCGCCUUACAUCAAACUGACAUUUUCUUCGUGUGUAGAUGGGGAGUACCAGGUUUUAUUGGACACGCGACCGAUUCGGACGCCCACAAAAGAUAUUUUAUCCAUUCCUUCGACGAAACCGCAUCUUGCACAUGCUAUUGCUCUCGAGUGGGACGUUAUGACAUCUGCACGGCAGGCUUUGAAGAAUCAUCUUAUUCCGUUGACCUCGUUGACUGCGCGAGCGGGAGAUAUUGCGCAAGAAGAUGCAAGGGGUGAGACUACCACGAGGGACCAGAUUGUAAAACUCGCCAUGCGCUAUCUGGAUACUGAUACUCUACUGUGCUGGGUGCCCGAGAGAAGACCAUACGCUGGCGAAGAAUCCGGAGAAAAUGGAGAGCGGCCUGAAAGUCUUCGAGAAGCUCAAAUGAGAGUAGCCAAGGAUAUAAUCGCCUUUCUAGGCACAAAGGUAUGGCCUGGUGUCGACAUUGUACCCAUUCUUGACGCGGACAGCAUUUUGCCGGUGUCUCAGCCCCAGGCUACUAAGGACAUAAUCAAACAAUGGGUUUCGUCGCUGCAACCGCACGAUCUAGCUGCUUUAGAAAGAGGAAUUGUUGCUAGCAAGAGCCUGUUGGUUGCUGUUCGACUGGUCGUCGAGUGGAGUGAGAAUUUCCGUCACUUGCAAAGGUCGGGACAAAAGAAGUUCGGCAUUGAAGAGGCAGCAGAAGCAUCCAGUCUUGAAGUGAGAUGGCAGACUGAUAUGUGGGGAGAAGUGGAGGAUACUCAUGAUGUUGACAAGGAGGAUCUCAGACGACAGCUUGGAAGUGUUAUCGUUGUGGUCAGCGGAGAGACCCGUGAAUGA